AAUUACCUUGCCCAAGUUGAUUUUGAUGAAUCACUCUGUUUGAGUCUUGCCAACGCCGCUAAGUGGACGGCAGAUAUGCUCGAUUUGCUUCUCCGAAAACUCGAAGCAUUAUCUGAGAAGUCGGGAAUUCCUAUAAAACUUGAGAACGACCCUGCAGCUGCUAAUCUGGAAACCGUCUUUCUUCGAUUAGCUCAUAUGCUAAAAGAUAAUGGGGUGAUCAGAAAUAUAGAGACUGCCAAGUACGAUAAGGAACAUUAUGUCAGACGUGCCCCAAUUACUCCUGGGGUCAUAUGGUACAAGCGAACAAAGGCUAACGAUAGAGCUUCAGUUCUUCUUCAUCUUAUUGCUCAGGUGGAAGAUGAUCAUGAGCGGGAAAAAAAAGCAGCUGAAGCAGAGGGAAAGAUGCUCGCCCCUUCAGUUUCAAAAUGUUUCAUUGAAAAACAGACCGAGUUGGUCAAGAAAUUUCCGGUUGAGGAAUUGUACGUUGAAGCCGAAGAGCUCGUUUCAAAAAUUUGCCCUAUAGAAGAGAAGACGCUAAUGGGUAGAGAAAUCAGAAUGUAUAUCACCAAGACUUGUCGUGCUAUGAUUGUAGAAAGAAAAUGUUUUUGGCAACAAUAUACAGAG